CUACGCAGCUGUUCCUGGGCCGCGGUCCUGCGGCCCUGUGCGGGAACGGCGCCCGAGACCCCUCGGUAGGGGUUUCCAGCGCUCUCCCCCGUGCCCGUGGGCAGGCAGCUCCUCGGGGCCUUGCUUGUCUCGUCCCGGAGGGCAUAGCCUCGGCAGGCGUUUGGCGCUCGCCGCUCCGUGCGGAGCGGUCGUUAACGCUCGCCGUUGCCGUGCUGUAGAAGCGGCGCGGGCAGACGGGGGGCGGUGCCGGGGGCGCUUUUCGGGCUGCUGUCCGGGAGAGGAUGAGGAUAACCCAACACGGGCUCCUCACGACGGCUUCGCCUUCUGCAAAGACCAGGAGUGAGCUUCCUCUAUUCCCUCCGAACCAGCAUCCUCUUGGCACCCAGCAGCAAAACCUGGAGCCCCUCGGCGCCGGCGCUGUGCCUGAGGUGCCUCCGGGAGGCCCUCAGCGCUGCCGGGAGCGUGAGGCUCGCAGCUCCUUCACGGUGCUGCCGAGGUCUGCAUCCGCGCACAGCGCGUCCCAAAGGCACGCAGGCACCUGCCUGGUUUUGGGACACUCGGGGAAUGGUGUGAGAGGUCGGCGCUGCCGGUGCGAGCAGGAAUAGGAACCCUCCCCUGUGCCCAGAGGAGCCUCACUCGAGCAGCAGCAGCUUCGUCGCGGCUCGGGGUGGUGCCAGGACGGUGUGCGGGAGGCGGCUGCUGAUGGGUGCUGGUUUGGGAAAGCCUCGCCGGGAGUGCAGCCUUUGUUCCUGCCGCUGCCUGCGGGCUUGCAGCCCUCUUCAAAUCCAUUUUCCCGACGCGAUAAAAGCACAACCGAGGUGCGGAGGCCAAAGGCCACAGCCGUUUCUGUGCCUCUUCUGUUCCACAUGUGCCUUCCUCCUCCUCCCACGUUAUUUCUGGAACCCCCUUGAACUCCUGUGCCACUCUUGUACCCUUCCCUACAUGCAGCUUCUCAUCAAACUGCUGAGCCAGGAUUGCCUGAUGCUUGUGAACCAGCUGAAGGAGAUCACUGGCAUUCAGGACUCGGCCUUCCUGCAGGCAGCUCUGAAGGCUGCUAAUGGAGACCUGACAGAAGCUAUCACCUUCCUGACAGAGGAGCAAGACGAGGGGGCAGCUCUGGAUGUGUCUGCUGCCAAGCUGGCUGCGUGGGAGGGCAGCGCUGUGGACAAACAUCUGCCACAGGGCAUUGCUGCUGCUCUUGUCCCUGAGAGCCAAGACAACCUCAGUGCAGCCAGUGCCAGCAGAUCACUGGAACCAGCCAAAGCCCCGACUGCAGACAGAGAUGCUGCUGAAAGGCUGCAGGAGGCACACACCAUGGAGAUCAAAUAUCGCUCCAAGAGGAAGCGCUGUGAAGUGUGGGGAGAGAACCUCAAGCAGAGUGACUGGAGGAGAGUGGAUAACUGGCCUGUUGGGAUGAAGAACAUUGGGAACACCUGCUGGUUCAGUGCUGUCAUACAGUCUCUGUUUCAGUUGCCAGAGUUUCGGAGACUGGUCCUUGGCUACUCCCUCCCACAGAACGUCCUUGAAAGCUGUCACGGUCAUGCUGAGAAGAGAAACAUUGCCUUCAUGCAAGAGCUGCAGUGCCUCUUUGCGCUGAUGCUGGGCACCUGCCGCAAGUUUGUGGACCCUUCCGCAGCGCUGGAGCUCCUGAGGGAUGCAUUCACAUCUGCAGAAGAGCAGCAGCAAGAUGUGAGUGAAUUUACACACAAGCUGCUGGACUGGCUGGAGGACACGUUCCAGCUCGCUGUGAAUGCCAAGAGCCCUGGGGACAAAUCUGAAAACCCAAUGGUGCAGCUCUUCUACGGGACUUACCUGACCGAGGGAGUCCAUGAGGGCAAGGCCUUCUCCAAGAUUGAGCCCUUUGGGCAGUAUCCGCUGCAGGUGAACGGCUACCGCAACCUGAGCGAGUGUCUGGAGGGGGCCAUGGUGGAGGGCGAGAUGGAGGAGGCAGCAACACCUCAGUCAGUCAAGUAUGGGCAGGAGCACUGGUUUACCAAGCUCCCACCGGUGCUGACCUUUGAGCUCUCCCGCUUCGAGUUCAACCAAUCACUGGGACAGCCAGAGAAGAUCCAUACCAGGCUGGAGUUCCCCCAGACCAUUUACAUGGACAGGUUCCUUCACUGUAAUAAGGAGCUUAUUCGGAUGAAGAGAGAAGAAAUUAAGAGACUAAAGGAGAAAAUGGUGCUUCUGCAGCAGCAGCUGGAGAGGUACCUGCAGUACGGCUCCGGCCCAGCCCGCUGCCCACUGCCCGACAUGCUGCAGUAUGUGCUCGACUUCGUCACCACGAGGCCAGCUGCAGCCGUGCCCUCUGCUCAGGGUCCUCAUGCAGGGCUCCUGCAGCCCCAGACUCAUCUGAUGGACGUUCAGCUAAAUGGCAGACCAGAAGGGCAGGACACCGAGGAUGCCAGAGUGCAGCCCUCUGCUGCAGCGCUGCAGCCGCCAGCCCCUCGCGCGGUGUCUGAGGACGAGCUGGCGCUGCUGCGGCCGUGCCUGCAGCGCUGGAGGGACGAGACUGAGCAGGAUGUGCGAGAUCUGAAGGAGUCCAUUGACAGAAUCAAGCUGUCCAUUCAUCAAAUGUACUGUGACCCUCUCCUCCAGCAGGUUCCCUACCACUUGCAUGCAGUCUUGGUGCACCAAGGGCAAGCAAAUGCUGGUCACUACUGGGCCUUCAUCUACGACCAGCCUCGUAGGAGCUGGCUCAAAUACAACGACAUCUCUGUGACCGAGUCGUCGUGGGAAGAGCUGGAGAGGGAUUCCUUUGGAGGCCUGAAGAAUGCCAGUGCCUACUGCCUGAUGUACAUCAGUGGCACGGUGCCCCGCUUGGCUGCAGAUGAGGCCGAUGGGCAGCUCCAGAGGGAAGUGGAAGCCAUGCCCCCAGAGCUGUGGCAUUACGUCCAGGAGGACAACUGGCGCCUGGAGCAGGAGGCCGAGGAGUGGGAGGAGGAGCAGUCCUGCAAGAUUCCUCAGAUGGAGCCUUCCCCAGCUUCAGAAUUGCAGGAGCUUUCUUCUGAAUCAGGGUCAGAUCAGUCAUCGGUCUGCACGCAGCGUGCCCGCUGCCUGUCCUCCGAGCAUGCCAUGAUUGCCAAGGAGCAGACUGCCAAGGCCAUCGCCAACUGCGCCAGCGCCUACGAGAAGAACGGUGUGGAGGCUGCGCUCUGCGAGCCCAAGGAGGUAGAGCCAGUGGAAGCUCAGGUGGGAGAAAGAACCCUCACAGCUCAGGCAGAGCCACCCCAGGAUGCUCAGGACACAGAGGCUGCUGCCCAGUGCAGCUCCCAGGUCUCUGAGGUGGAAAUCCCCAGUGUGGGGAAGAUCCCUGUUAGGUCCGAUGCAGAUGGAUAUAACGAGGAGGUGAUGCUGAGCCCAGCCAUGCAAGGUGUCAUCCUGGCUAUUGCAAAAGCCCGCCAGACCUUUGAUCGAGACGGGUCUGAAGCAGGGCUCGUUAAGGCGUUCCACGAGGAGUACUCCCGGCUCUACCUGCUGGCCAAGGAGACCCCCACCCCUCAGAACGACGCCCGCCUGCAGCACGUCCUCAUCUACUUCCUGCAGAACAACGCACCCCAGCAGGUGGUGGAGCGGACCCUGCUCGAGCAGUUUGCCGACAAGAACCUUAGCUACGAUGAGAGGUCAAUCAGCAUCAUGAAGGUGGCACGAGCAAAGCUGAGGGAGAUCGGUCCCGACGACGUCGAUAUGGAGGAGUACAGGAGGUGGCACGAGGACUACAGCCUGUUCCGCAAGGUGUCUGUGUACCUGCUGACAGGGCUGGAGCUCUACCAGAAUGGGAAGUACCAGGAGUCACUCACCUACCUGGUCUACGCCUACCAGAGCAACACCAAGCUGCUGCUGAAGGGAGUCAGACGAGGAGUGAGCGAGCCGCUGAUCGCGCUCUACCGCAGGGAGUGUCUGCUGAAGCUGAACGAGGUGGCAGCAUCGCUGUUUGUCAGCCGUGAAGAAGCUUGUGUGGCACAGGGCAUUAGCAUCGUGAACGAGUCUGUUAUCCCCUGUAUGCAUCUCAUGAACGACUGUGAGAUCUGCAGAGAGGACCUGGAUGCCAUCCAGGUGAUGAGGAACCUCUGGUGCUCCUACCUGGGACGUGAGGACAUGGACGAAAAGCUGCAGCUGAAGCUGGGCGAGCUGCUGCCACGGCUCCUCGAGUGCUCCACCGAGGUCAUUGUCCUGAAGGAGCCCCCAAAGAUCCGUCCAAACUCCCCCUACGACCUCUGCAGCCGGUUCGCAGCUGUGAUGGAGUCCAUCCACGGGGCCUCCACCGUGGCCGUGAAGUAGCCGCUGGAGUCGGCGCUACAGUGUGGGGCUGGUGCUGCAGGCUGCCCACCUGCCCACCAGGCAACCUUUGCCAGGGAGGGGAAGGAGGGGAAGGGGUGAUUGGGAGCCAGGGCUGUGUUCUUUGUUAAUAUGACUGAGUAAAAAGCAGCAUUGCACUGCUGAGAAAGGAGGCUGCACCGUAACAGGAAAGACCUGAGUCUUGGGUCAAGCCUGAGAGAGUGCCACGUCCCAGCAGUGCAGGGUGCCCAUUCUCUCAGGAGGCUCUGCCCUUUGGCAGCUGCACGCACAGGUCCCCACACCGGUGACAGCAGCUGAGCUGGGCUGUGGGUGUCCCUGAUCUGUCAGAUGUGUUUAUGUCCUGCUGAGGGAUGAGCUACUGGAGACAGCAGCUCCGUCCCUGCCAAGCUGCAGCUGGCAGCAGCCUGGGUUCUGCGGGGGAGGCAGAGGGACUGUGGCUCCGCUCUCAGCCAUGGGCAACUGCAGGUAUUGGUGCAGCCAAGCUCUUCUGCCUUCUGUGUCUCAAUGGACAACAAUAGGCAGGAGCCUUACUUUGACUGGGGACAGGACAGGCUGCACAGAUUCUGUCCCACCCAGUUGUGCCACGGCUCAUGGGGAGGUCACAGACCCCUAGAGAUGUUUCCCCCUCAGUUGGCAAGGCAAACCAGUGCCAACAUGAUGCUGGUGACAGCUGCCAGGGCCAGAAUCACUCUGGUUUUGUUGUUGGUUGAUUGGGGUUUUUACUGACUUGGUAGCAAACAUGCCCUGACAGCACUUCCUUUGGCAGCUGCAUCUGGGUUUGAGCUGUGGGAGUUGCUUGAAGCAGGGGCUGUGAGCCACCGAAGGGGACCCUGUGAGGACUAUGCAGAAGUUCCUGAAGGUGCAAUAAAAGCAUUUGUUCUAUGUUAGAAUGAA